AGCGCGCGCAUCUGCGCAUUUUUUCAUGCCGAGCAACUGCCUGGACACAGCAUUCCGUAUUCCACACGUCUUUCGCUUGUGUCCUGAGUUUAUUGCAGAAAUAAGUAUAAUUAGAGCGCCGAAAACAACGACGUACGGUCGUCAGGACAUAUCGUAUUUAAAAGAUUUUUCAAGAUGGGGAAACGCCAGCAUCAGAAGGAUAAAAUGUAUUUAACAUAUACAGAAUGGUCAACAUUGUAUGGUGGAAGAAAGUCGGGAACUUUGGAAACAAGUGAAGAAAAAACAUUUAGACGUUUACCUUUCAACCAUUGUUGUUUGACUCUACAACCUUUUGAACAUCCCUACUGUGAUGCACAUGGCAAUGUUUUUGAGUUAGAGGCUAUUCUAGAAUAUUUAAAACGAUAUAAGCACAAUCCUGUAACAAGCAAACCAUUGGAUGCAAAGAGUCUUAUCAAACUAAAUUUUCAUAAAAAUGUACAGGAUGAAUAUCAGUGCCCUGUUCUCUACAAAUUGUUCACAAAGCAUUCACAUAUUGUCGCUAUCAAGACCACAGGAAAUGUAUUCUCUUAUGAGGCUGUUGAACAGUUGAAUAUAAAAGCUGCAAAUUGGAAAGAUUUGAUAAAUGACCAACCAUUUGAACGAAAAGAUAUUAUUACAAUUCAGGAUCCAACCGAUGCGAUGAAAUUCAAUUUGUCCACAUUCCAUCAUAUUAAGAAUAACAUAAGAAUGGAAGAUGAAGAAACGAUAAGAGAGCGAAAUAAUCCGAAUGCAAAGUUGAAAACAGUUUCGACAGAGACUAAAGAAAUUUUGGAAGAGCUUGAAAGAGAGUACAAGCCAGCAAAAAGCAACACAGAAGACACAUUCUCCAAGCAGAAGGCUGACAAGUUUAAUGCGGCACACUAUUCUACUGGCGCGGUAGCUGCUGGAUUCACUUCAACGGUGAUGCCAGCGGAGACAACUCAUCAAGCAGCUGUAAUUGCGGAAGAUCUAGUGCGAUACGAGAGAGUUAAGAAGAAAGGAUACGUGAGACUAUUCACGAAUUUCGGAGCAUUGAAUCUGGAAUUGUUUUGCGAUUUGGUUCCGAAAACCUGUGAGAACUUCAUCAAACACAGUGAAAAUGGUUACUAUAAUGGCACGAAGUUCCACAGGUCGAUACGAAAUUUUAUGAUUCAAGGCGGCGAUCCGACCAAUACGGGUAACGGCGGCGAGUCGAUUUGGGGUAAGCCGUUCGAGGAUGAAUUCAAGCCGGUUCUAUCUCACCUAGGUAGAGGCAUCCUGUCCAUGGCAAAUUCGGGUCCGAACACCAACGGAUCCCAAUUUUUCAUUACGUUUCGUUCGUGUAAACACCUGGAUCGCAAACACACCGUCUUCGGAAAGAUCGUCGGUGGUUUUGAGACGUUGAACGCGAUCGAAAAGGUGGAGGUAGACAACAAAGAUCGGCCGAUCGAGGAUAUAGUUCUGCAAGCCGUUCAAGUCUUCGUGAAUCCCUUCCAAGAAGCCGAUGAACAGCUUGCAUCGGAACGUGCUGCCGAGAUGGAACGACUGGCACAAGAGGCGAAUCAGAAAAAUGCGGCAGACAAAACCGACAAGAAUGAAGCCCAGAAAGUUUACCGAUCGGGCAUAGGAAAAUAUGUGAAGCUGGAGCCGGAAAAAAAAGUGACUUUUCACAGGGCGGACAAACGGGAUUCAAACGCGGAGUCUGUUGCGAAGAAGAAGAGAAUCUCAACGCAAGCUUACGGAGAUUUCUCUUCCUUCACGUUUUAACAAAUUAUAUGUAAAUAUUGAAUAUAGUUUCUUAGUUAUAUAUUUAUAAUUUAUGGACAAAUGAAAAUAUAUCUGUAUUUAUACCAUUCUAUUGCUAGGUUCCCUGACUUUACAUGAUCUAUAUAAAAAAAAUCUAAGAAUAAACAAUGUAGGUUAUAA